UGUAGCAACGUUGGGUUUCGUUCAGUAAUAAAUCAGAAAGGGACGUUUCGGUGUGACCCUGAAUGCACCACAGCACAGCCUUUUAACAACGAUGGCGCUGCGGGCUUCCUGGAGUCUUCUGUCGCAUUUUCAGCGAACCCGUUUCAAGGUCAUCCCUGUUCAAACCAAACUAGUCAUCAGAUGUAAAACAGCCUGUCCAGUUGAGGUGAGCCAUCUGGACCAUUUGGUUCUGACGGUGAAAAGUGUUCCAGACACAAUCAACUUUUAUACCUCCAUCCUUGGCAUGGAGGUUGUCACUUUUAAGGGAAACCGUAAAGCUCUCGGUUUUGGACACCAGAAGUUUAACCUCCACCAGCUGGGUCAAGAGUUUGAACCAAAGGCCAAACUUCCAACUCCUGGUUCUGCAGAUCUUUGUCUCAUCACUAAGACCCCCCUGGCUGCAGUAGCUGCACAUCUGAAGGUUUGUGGAGUUGAUAUUGAAGAAGGUCCAGUGGAAAGGACCGGUGCCGUGGGGUCCAUCACCUCACUUUACUUUAGAGAUCCCGACCACAACCUGAUUGAAGUGUCCAACUACAGCCAGCCAGCAGCAGAGGGCUCCUCCUGAAACUUGUUUCUGAGUGUAAAAUACACAGCUGGACUGACUCCUCUGGUACACAUUACAAGUGUUUUCACUGAAAAAUGCUUAAACCAAAAUGAAUAAUUAAAAUCAUGUACUGUUGA